AUGAAGACAUACAUCCCCUUAAUUUUCUUAUUAUACGCUAUGCUGGGGAAUGACAUAAUAAAUUGUCGCCCAGUUCCAGAACCUUUUGGAAGUGAGGUCACUACUAGUGGUACUACUGGUGGAUCUCAGAAAGAAACAACGAGUACAACAGGUAAAAACACAUCAGAAUUAGAAUCUAAAAAAGAUAAUCCUUCUGAAAAAUCUCAAGAUCCUUCUACACCUUCAUCUAAUACAGCCACAUUACCUGGUUCUCCUGGCACUUCUGGAACUCCUAAUCCCUCUGAUUCUUCUGAUUCUUCUGAUUCUUCAGAUUCUUCGGAUUCCUCGGAUUCCUCGGAUUCUUCGGAUUCUUCGGAUUCUUCAGAUUCUUCGGAUUCUUCAGAUUCUUCUGGGACCACUAGUGAAACACCAGGUACCCCUACUGGAACAGAACGUUCCCUUUCACCACAACCUCAAAAUUCACAACCUCAAAAUUCACAAACUCAAGAUUCACAAACUCAAGAUUCACAAACUCAACAACAAUCACAAAGAAGUGAAGCCACAACAGGAUCAGAUUCAUCCAAGAAUGCAACUGAAGAACCCCAAAGUGACGAUGCAAGUAUAUCUUCGAAUGAAACAAAUGUAGUGAAUAAUUCAGUGAUAAAACCUAGAAUUGUACAUAAGGGAACAGUCGAAUCUGCUUUAUUAAAAAAUUAUAAGGGUGUAAAAGUCACAGGCUUAUGUGGUGAUGAAGUUGGUAUAUUUUUAGAACCACAUAUUUAUAUUAAUGUAGAAUCUAAAAUUAACAAUAUAGAAUUAUCAGCAAAAUUUCCAAGCAUACAUGGUCAAUACAUUACAAUUUUUUCUGAAGAAUCACCAUUGAAAAACAAAUGUCAUGAAAAUGACGACCAUCUUUAUUAUAAAAUAUUAGUAUAUCUUGAAGGAGAUAUAUUAACAAUUAAAUGGACAACUUUUUCAAUUAAUCCAGAAACGAACAAAUGUGAAUUAUGCACUAAUCGCAAUAAUGAAAAUACAAAUGUAGAUGUAAAGAAAUUUAGAAUACCUAAAUUAGAAACACCAUUUACAACAAUUCAAAUACAUUCUUUAUUAACUAAAGAAAAUAAAAUUGUAGUUAAGACUAAAGAUUAUUCAUUAAUAGAUGAUAUACCAAAAAAAUGUGACAUAAUAGCGACUAAAUGUUUCUUAAGUGGAAAAACUGAUAUAGAACCAUGCUAUACAUGCAAUUUAUUAACAGAAAAUAUUCCAAGAAAUGAUGAAUGCUAUAAUUAUUCUUCUCCUUUAGUUAAAGAAUAUAAUCAGAUAUUAACAAUUGGACAAAGUGAUGAAGAUAAUAUAGAAAAUCAAAAUUUAUCACUUGUUGAUUCUAUUAAUAAUAUAUUAAAUGAUAUAUAUAUAAUCGAUGAACAAAAUAAUAAAAUUUUAAUAGAUGUAGAAGAUUUAAAUACAAACUUAAAAAAAGAAUUAACAUAUUAUUGCCAAAUACUAAGUGAAGUAGAUACUAGUGGAACUUUAGAUAUUUAUAAAAUUGGAAACAGUGUUGAAAUAUUCAACAAUUUAAUAAGAUUAUUAAAAAAUCAUCAAAAUGAAAACAGAUUAUAUAUUAUUAAUAAAUUAAAAAAUCCAGCCAUAUGUAUGAAACAUGUAGAACAAUGGGUUGCUAACAGAAAAGGUUUGAAAUUACCAAUAAUAUUGGAUGAUGCUGAAACUGAAAACAAAAAUUUAGAAGAAUUAAACAAUACAAAUAGUACUAUCAAUUAUGAAGAAGGGCUUGACGGUAUUAUAGAUUUAACUAAAACAAUAGAUGACGAGCCAGUUAGCCCUUUAGGUUUAUUAGCUAAUAAAUUAGAUGCAUUUUGUAACAAUGAAUUUUGUGAUAGAUUAAAAGAUAAGACUAGCUGUGUAUCUAAGAUAGAUGUAGAAGAACAAGGAAAUUGUGCUACAUCUUGGAUAUUUGCAUCUAAAUAUCACUUAGAAACUGCUAUUUGUAUGAAAGGACAUGAUAAUUUUAAUACAUCUGCUUUAUAUGUAGCUAACUGCUCUAAAAAAGAUCCUAAAGAUAAAUGUUUAUCUGGUUCAAACCCAUUAGAAUUUUUAGAUAUCUUACAAGCUAAUAAUUAUUUACCAACUGAAUCCAAUUAUCCAUACAACUAUAAGCAUGUUGGUGAUUCAUGCCCCGAAACUAACCAAACAUGGGUUAAUUUAUUUGAUAAACUAAAAUUAGAAAACUCAAACGAUGGUAACAAUUCAAUUAUUAAAGGAUAUACAUCAUAUGAAUCUAAAGAUUAUAAAUCUAAUAUGAAUGAAUUUGUUGGCAUUAUUAAAAAUAAAAUAAAAAAAUUAGGAUCAGUUAUAGCUUAUGCUAAAUUUAAUGAUUUUAUGGGUUAUGAUUUUAAUGGAAAUAAAGUACAUAAAUUAUGUGGAUCUGGUACUCCAGAUAUGAUAGUAAAUAUAAUUGGAUAUGGAAAGUAUAUUAAUGAAAAUAAUGAAGUUAAAUCAUAUUGGAUAGUUAGAAAUAGCUGGGGUAAACACUGGGCAGAUGAAGGAAACUUUAAAGUUGAUAUAGAAACUCCAGAAAAUUGUGAACAUAAUUUUAUUCAUACUGCACUUGUUUUCGAUUUUGAUUUACCACCUGCUCAAAAAAACAACAAUGAUGCUUCCAUUUACAAUUAUUAUUUAAAGAACUCUCCAAAUUUUUACAAAAACCUUUACUACAAUCAUGUCAGCAAAACGAACGCAGAAACAGCCAUAUUUGGCCAAGAUGAAACAGUACAAUUAUCCAAUGCUGCUGGCGGUGGAUCAAAUCAAGUUGCAACAACAAUUAAUACGGUUACUAGUCAACUUGCAUCAGGCGCAACAACACAAAUAAAUCAACCCUCAACUACCACACAAGGUCAAGCCCCACAAAGCCAAACAUGCCCAAGUUCAGCUGUCACACCAAGUCAAACACCUUCAGGUUCAUCUUCCGGAUCAGGGCCAACACCUUCAGGUGGAAAUAACACAUCACAUCAAAAUAAUCCAGGUCAAUCUGGCGCAUCAGUACAACCCAAUCCAUCUACAACCGUUGAAACUCCAGAAAAUGGUGGGGGUUCAACUGAGAGACAAACCAAUAGUACUCAAAAUACAGAAAUUUUCCAUGUUUUAAAAGUUAUUAGAAAAAAAAAAGUUCAAACAAGUUUAAUUAAGUAUAAUACAUAUGAUGAAGUAGAAGAACAUUCAUGCUCAAGAGCCAUGAGCACAGAUUCAUCAAAAAAAGAAAAAUGUGUUACAUUUUGUUCAAACAAUUGGGAUUCUUGCUCUUUUAAUUUAUACCCAGGAUAUUGUUUAAAUAAAUUAAAAGGUGAUAAUGAAUGUAACUUUUGCGCUGUAUAA